AUGAAAGAUCCUUUAAAAAAGAAAGAAAAGGAAAAAGGCUAUUAUAGCUGUUUAGAUUUUGAUAAUUUGUAUAAAAAAAAAAAAAAAAAAAAAUUAAAGUAUUCUAUUAAAAGAGACAAGAAUUUAAGUGACACAGAAUUAUAUGAGAAGAACAAAUUGGUUCUACGAAAAAAGAAUAAUAAUACAUAUAUUUCAAAACAUAAUAUAUUAAAAAAAAAGAAAGAUGAUGAAAAAUUAUGUUUGUUUAAUAAUGUAACAAUAUAUAAAGAUUAUUUUGAUAAAGGUGAUGAUAAGAAUGAUGAUAAAUUAAGAAACUUAAAAAAGAUUUUAAGAAUAUAUGAAAAUGUGUCAACAAAUGAAAAAAAGAAAUUAUAUGAAUUAAUAAAAUUCUUUUCUUUUUCUGAAGGAGGUUUUCAAAAUAAUAAAUUACGACAGAAGGUAUGGUUAUUAUUAUUAGGAUUUAAUAUAAAUAUAUCGAAAGAGAAAAAUUAUAAUGAACAUCCAAUAUCUAUAUUAUGUAGAAAUCAAAAGAAAAAAUUUAAAUAUCAUGAUAAUUCGAUAACAUAUUUUAAGUUAAAAUGGAAAAGAAAAAAAGAUAGUUUAUAUAACCAUAAGAAUAAUAAUAAUUAUUAUUUUAAUGGUGGGCAAAAUAAGAAAAUUAAAGAAAGGGAAAGGCUAAAUAAAAGGAACAAAAUUGAAAAAAAAAAUAAGAAGAAAUAUAUUUUAAGGAAAAAUAAUACGCAUGAUAUUAAUAAUAAUAAAAAUGAUGAUAAUAAAAAUGGUAAUUAUAAUAAUGAUGAUAAUAAAAAUGGUAAUUAUAAUAAUGAUGAUAAUAAAAAUGGUAAUUAUAAAAAUGAUGAUAAUAAAAAUGGUAAUUAUAAUAAUGAUGAUAAUAAAAAUGGUAAUUAUAAUAAUGAUGAUAAUAAUGAUGAUAAUAAUGUUGUUAAUAAUGAUGAUAAUAAUGAUGAUAAUAAUGUUCAUAAUAAUCAUAAUGAUCAUGGUGUCCAUGAUGCUUUUUGUAUUAAUAAUUCAAACUAUUCAUGUCCUUCUAAUUCGUCAGUUAUUUCUUUUUCUUCACAUAAUUCAUAUAAUUCACACUCUACUUUAUCAUUUGAAUCUAUUUCUCACAAUUCACUUAAUUCGUCGAAUUAUUCUUUAUAUUCGCCCACAUCAUCCGUUUUGUCUUGUUCAUCUGAUUCUCCUCUUUCUUCUUCUUCUUCUUCUUCUGUGUGUUCCUUUGUUUCCAAUUUUUCAAAUAAUCUUCAGAACGUUAACGAUCAAAUACGUGUUAUAAAAUCAAAAGGUGGCGAGGAAAAAUCAGGAAGAGGUGAAAGAAGAAUAAAUAGAAAAAGAGGAAGGAGAAAGAAAAGAUGCCCUCUGCAUUUUUUCUCAGCUCGUGAUUCAUAUGAAAUUGGAGCAUGUGAACAUACAAAGCGUUCCGAGAGUUAUUAUGCUAAAAGAGAAAAUUCGUUAUUCUCAAAUGUUUUUUUUUUUUAUAAAAAAAAUAAAAGAAAUAGAAAAGGGCGAUCUGGAUGUUUGUAUGAUGUAAAUAAAAGAGCAAAGAAAUGCAUUAAGAAAGAAACGAAAAGAAUUAUACAUUCCAUAUUGAGUAUUGAUAAAGAUAAAGAAAAUUUUGAUAAGAAAAAGAAUAGGAAGUUUUUAAUAAAAUUAUUAAAAAUAAUUUAUAAGAAUUUAUUAGAAAUAGAUUUAUAUAUAGUAGAUUAUAUUAUGAGAAAAGAUGAAUUAAAAGAAGGCAAAAGUGAUAUUUUAACAUAUUUAAAAUAUAAUAUAAAAAAUAAUUAUAAUAUGAAUUCAGAUAUGAGAAGAUGGAUAAUUGAUAGUGUAUUAUUAGAUGAGAAUGAUAGAAUACAAGUUAAAAAAGAUGUAAAAAGAAGUGUAAAUACAUGGAAUGUUCAUAAAUCUAUUAUAUAUGAAAUAAAAAAGACAUAUCAAUAUAUAUUAAAAAAUAUUAUAUGUAGUAUAUUAUAUAAACAUUCUAAUAAAAUAUAUUAUGCUCAAGGUGUACAUGAUGUAUGUUUAGUUUUUAUAACAUUAUAUUUUCAUAAAUUUUUUUUAAGAUAUAAAAAAUAUGUAUUCUUAGAACAUUUUAUAUCACGAUAUGUUGUUAAUAAAAUAUGUAGUUGUAUAUAUUCAAAAAGAAAAAAAGGGGGGAUAGGAAAAAAAGGAGUGCCUUUUGUUUUUGACAAUUCUUCUUCUGAUGUGUUAUCAGAAGAUAUGUAUAUAAAAAAGUAUAGUUUGUGUAAGAAAAAGGAGGUGCAUGUUGAUAUGGCAUCUGGUGUUGACAAUGUGAAUGAUAAGAUGUAUAAUGAGACUAAUGAUGAUACUAAUAAUUUGUUGCACGAAAGGAAAAACGUGCAAACUGUUGAGAAGGUAUUAGAUAAUAAUAAUAAUAAUAAUAAUAAUAGUAAUAAUAAUAAUAGUAAUAAUAAUAAUAGUAAUAAUAAUAACUUAUCAGGAAUAGUGGAAAAGAAUUUUUUAAAUUUUGAAAAUUUUGAAGAGUUCGAAAAUUAUUUUAAGAAAGGAGAUAGUAAUAUUGUUGAUAUUAAUUCAAUUGAUAAUGUAUAUAAUAAUUGUUUAAAAAGGAAAAAAGGAAAUAUAUAUUUAUAUGAUAUAUUUGAAGAUAAUAUUAGUAAUAUGUUUGCAAUGGAAGAAGAAUAUAUUGAAAAAAUAUGUUUACUUAAGAAUAUAAAUUUAAAUAAAUAUAUAAAAUAUAAAAAGAAGAAGAAGAAAAAAGAAUAUAUAGUAUAUUUAUUAUGUGAACGAUUUUUAUUAUUUUAUAUGAUUGAUUAUUUAACAUUAUCAUUAGAUAUAUCAAUUAAGAAUACAUUUAAAAGUAUCGGUUUAUUAUUAAAAUAUUUAGAUAAUGAAGUAUAUAAUGUUUUUUGUUUAUUACAGAAAGAACAAGAAGGUGAAAAUAUGAAAUAUAAUAAUAAGAAUUAUAAAAAAAACUGUGAUAAGAAAAAUUCAAGAAAUAGUUCUUUGAAAUUAAGUGGUACAGAAUUUUUUUUUUGUUUAAGUUGGGUGGUUACAUAUUAUUCUCAUGUAUUAACUGAGUUUGAUAAAUUAGCUCGAAUUUUUGAUACCCUAUUAUCAAAUAAUGGUAUAUUUAUAAUAUAUUUUACAAGUGCCAUUAUAUUAUAUAAAAAAGAAGAAUUAUUAAAGAUAGCUAAUAAAAAAAAAAAGGAUCAAGGAUAUAAUAAUUUAUAUUCAGAAACACAUUAUAUAUUUCAGAAUAUGAAAUGGAAAGAUAUAAAUGUGGAAAAUAUUAUAAAGAAAACAUAUUAUUAUAUGAAUUAUAAAAUUCCUUUUGAUACCUUUUUAAAUAAAAUAAAAAAAAAAAUCUCCUUCCCACCAUUUUCACCCAUAUAUAGUUAUCCUUUUAUUCUUCAUCAUUUUGAUUAUGAAACAAAACAAGAGGAAUUGAAAAAUAUGACAGUAGAGAAGUCGAUUUUGAAUUUUUACACUUAUAAGAAUAAGGAAUUUAAUAAUAUACAAAAUUGUGAAUUGAAGGAUAUUACUUUGAAGGAUAAUUCUGUGAAGGAUAUUUCUGCUGGUCUCAUGAGUGAUGUAGCAUCUUUAAAAAAUAAUAAUAAUACAAAAGAAAUAAAAAUAAAGGAAGCAAAUAAGAAAAAUAGUUUCAAUAGUGAUAAUAAUAAUAUAAGAAAUAAUAUAUCUAAUGAUUGUGUUAAUAAUAGUGAUUGUAAUAGCGCAUAUUAUAAUAUAUUGAGGGAAGAAAAAUAUAAUAAAAAAAAAAAGAACAAUAUCAACAAUAACAAUAAUAAUAGAGAUAAUGAGAGUGUUAGUAGUUUUAAGGUGGAUGAAGUUGAUAAUAGUAAAUAUAUGAGCGAUUUAGAAAUUAUUAAUAAUAACAAGAAUGAUAAUAAUAUAAAUAUUAAUAUCAAUAGUAAUAAUAUCAAUUUUAAUAAUUCCUAUAAUAUGAAAAUUGAAUUAAGUAAUAUGAAAAGGUAUGAUAAAUAUAUCGAUCAUAUAUUAAAUGAUGAAAAAAAGGAUAUAGAUAAAAAAGACAGGAAUGAUGAUAUAUAUUUUAAUAAUAAUUGUUGUAAGGAUAAUAAUAUUUAUUUAUAUUAUCCAUAUUCAAUUUUAUGUAAUAAUUUAGAUUUAAAUAAUAAUAUAUUAAAAAAGCAUUUACUGGUGGAACAUUUUUUUAAAUAUGUACUUUAUGAUUUUAUUUUAAAUUAUGAAGGGAUUUGUAAAAAUUAUCAAAUGGCAUCUCAAAAAAUUUGGUAUACUAUUAAAUAUGUACAUGUAAGAAGUGAAAAAGAAGUUAUUAUUUAUAAAAGAAGAAAAGAAAAAGAAAGAAAAAAAUGUGAAAAGAUAUUUCAUAAAAUGACUAGACAUGUAAUGUUAUUAUAUAUACAUAAAUAUAAUAAAAAGAAAAAGAAAAAAUAUAUUUAUAUGAAUUUUUUAAGAAAACAUAAAAAAAGUUCUUUAUCAUUUAAUCAUUUUAUAAGUAACAAGAUGAAAAUGAAGACAAACAAUAAAAUUAAAAGAAACCAUAGUUAUAAAAAUAAAAAUAAUCAUAAAAAUAAUCAUAAAAAUAAUAAUAUUAAUAUUAGUAAUAAUAAAGCUAGAGCUAUCAUACCACCCAUUUAUAAAUAUGUUAUUCAAAAUAGUAAUGUUAUAAAAAAUGAUGUGUCUUGUAAAAAGGCAAAAAUUAAUAAUCCAUCAUCAAAUAUAAAAGAAAAUAAUAAAAAGAAAAUUUUUGAACAUAUUUUUUAUCUUCUUAAAAUGUCUAUGCAUAAUUCCCCAUAUGUUCAUUUCUUUUUAAUUUUUUUUUUAAUCACCUUAUUUACAUCCUUAUUUUAUUAUCGUCGAUAG